CGUGUCUUCCGUGUCCCGCCCCUUGGCUACCGGAAGUGUGAUGUGGCUCGCGGCGGUGCGUAACUAUGUCUGCAAUCUUCAAUUUUCAGAGUCUACUGACAGUAAUCUUGCUGCUUAUAUGUACUUGUGCAUACAUAAGAUCCUUGGCUCCCAGAUUACUGGAUAACAAUCAAACUGGAUUAUUGGGCAUAUUUUGGAAGUGUGCCAGGAUUGGUGAGCGGAAGAGCCCUUAUGUAGCAGUGUGCUGUAUUGCGAUGGCCUUCAGUAUUCUGUUUGUACAAUAAACCUCAGAAAAAGCCAGGAAUACAUUGCUGUCAAAACUGCAGUGGAAUAAAAGACUUGGGGAAACAGAAAAGAUAAAAAAUGUAUUCUACACCUCAAUUUAUUUGUACUUACUGGACAAGACAAGGCUUCCACAAUUAGUUCCACUGUUUUCAGUUAAAGCAAUGGCGUAUUAAGUUAUAAAAAUGAUGUUAACAUGGUCGUGCUUCUGGAUUAUGCAGAGUUCCUUUAUGUGAACUAUGUUCUGAAUUUCAGCUAAGACAUUUUAAAACAGACAACUAUAAACUCAGUUAAUAAUUCCCUUUGAGAGCUGACUUGAUAUAAAAACACAAAUCAUAAAAAAAAACUUUAUAUAACUUUUACAAAAUUUUCAUUUUAAAAAUACAAACCCAUAAACAAUAAGUAAAAUCUUAAUGCAUAGAUGGAGAGAGACAAAGUAUAACUAGGCCAGUACUGGUGUACUAGUAUAGAUAAAA